CAUCCUCUUCAUACACUCUCCAAGUUCCAAUCUCUCCCCCCAUUUUCUCUUGCAGCUGCGCGAACCCUAAUCAUGGCUGAAAGAGGAGGAGACCGAGGCGGCUUCGGCAGAGGAUUCGGCGGUAGAGGCCGGGGUGGGGACCGUGGCCGUGGACGACGUCGCGCAGGUCGCCGUGAUGAAGAGGAAAAAUGGGUUCCAGUCACCAAGCUUGGGCGUCUUGUGAAGGAAGGUAAGAUUCAAUCACUUGAGCAGAUUUACCUUCACUCUCUCCCAAUCAAGGAGCACCAGAUCGUCGAUACUCUCAUCGGCCCCAGCCUCAAGGAUGAGGUCAUGAAGAUUAUGCCUGUGCAGAAACAGACCCGGGCUGGACAGAGGACUAGGUUUAAGGCCUUCGUUGUCGUCGGCGACGGAAAUGGCCAUGUCGGAUUGGGAGUUAAGUGCAGUAAGGAGGUGGCGACUGCUAUUCGUGGAUCGAUUAUAUUGGCUAAGUUGUCAGUGAUCCCUGUUAGGAGGGGUUAUUGGGGUAACAAGAUUGGAAAGCCACAUACCGUUCCUUGCAAGGUUACUGGUAAGUGUGGCUCUGUCACUGUACGUAUGGUCCCUGCUCCUCGUGGUGCUGGUAUUGUCGCUGCACGGGUUCCCAAGAAGGUGCUUCAGUUUGCUGGUAUUGAUGAUGUUUUCACAUCUUCCCGGGGAUCGACCAAGACACUUGGAAACUUCGUGAAGGCUACCUUCGAUUGUCUAUUGAAAACCUAUGGUUUCCUCACACCCGAGUUCUGGAAGGAGACUCGUUUCACGAAAUCGCCAUUCCAAGAGCACACGGAUCUGUUGGCGAAACCGACCGUGAAGGCAUUGUUGUUGGACGAUGCCGAGAGGGUCAAUGCUUAAGUCGCUUGGGUAUGUUUUCACAAAAAGAGAAGAAUGUUUUUGUUAGGAACUUCAUAGUUUAUGCUUUCUGUUGAGUUGUUUUACAUUCAUGGAUAGUGUUCUAUCUGAUUCUUAUUGGUACUUUGAACUGUGUUUUUUUUUUUUUGUGUUUCUGAAUCCAAUUAACGCUUGAUUUUGAAUGCA